CCUUACACUGAUGAUCUGCAGUGAAAUACGGCUUUUUUCAUAAAAUAAACGUUUACAAAAUACAUAAAAGUAUUACACAAUUUCAGAAGAAGCAUUUGAUUAACAACACUAACUCAUCUUAUCACACCACGUGUCCACGUCAAAAUGACGAGUGGUUCCUGGGAGGAGUUCUUCGCUACACAUUUGCCGCCUACAGACUUUGAAGACAACCGAUCCCUGCUUAAGGAAUUCUGCGAAAGACACAACAAAUAUGGCAACAAAAUUGCUCUCGUGACGUCCGGUGGCACAACAGUACCCCUGGAGCACAACACAGUGAGGCUGAUCGAUAACUUCAGCGCGGGCAACAGGGGCGCGACCGCCACGGAAUAUUUCCUGGAGAACGGCUACGCGGUGAUCUUUAUGCACCGACAGAAGUCGCAAGAGCCCUUCACGAGACACUUCAACGGCUCCAAGCUGCUGGACAUGUUGGAUCUGCAGGAACAGGGACCUAAUACUACGAUUACCGUGAAGCAGGACAGCGUGUACGUGCUGGCGCCGAUCCUGGCGCGGUACCAGGCGGCGCACGCGGCGGGCGCGCUGCUGCACGUCUCCUUCACCACGGUAUCAGACUACUUCUGGCUGCUGCGCGCCGCCUGCGAGUGCCUCGCCAACCUCGGCCCGCGCGCGCUGCUCUUCCUAGCUGCAGCCGUGUCUGACUUCUAUAUACCUAAGGAUAGAGUUCCUACCCACAAGAUGCAGUCAGCGAGCGGUCCGCCGGUGAUCCACCUGCACCUGGUGCCCAAGAUGCUGGCGCCGCUGGUCAACCUGUGGGUGCCCGAGGCCUUCGUCGUAUCCUUCAAGCUGGAGACUGACGAGAGCCUCCUCGUGUCCAAGGGCAGAGCCGCCUUGGAGAAAUAUAAACAUAAGAUGGUGGUCGCCAAUCUGUUACAAACUCGGAACCAGAGGGUAAUCUUAAUAACACCGGAAGCGAAUCAAGAGAUACUGUUGACCAAAGAAGAGUUACAUUCAGGUGUAGAGAUCGAGGGCCCCAUAGUGAGCGAGAUCGUGCGCCUGCACGCGGAGCACCUGGCGCCGCGCUGAGGGUCGCGGGCCCGCCUGGCGCGGCUCUACCUCACCGACUAGGCGGACCACAGAUAAGCGACUCCCGUUUCUAUCUCAGUUGGUUGAACGACACCUGAAAUUACACUGACUUUGACAGUGACACGGUGCCGCGAUGGUGGCAAAAUUAUUAUGUGUUCACUACGAAUAAUAAAAACUACGGAAGAGUAACUGUUUAAAAACAAUUGU